UCUCUCAAAUCCAGCUAAUCUUUUUUCCUCCAGUUUUCUCCUCUUUAUUUCAAUCUCAUCUUGACAAUCUUUCCCCACCAUUCACAACGUUCAAAUUUUCCUUCCUAAUAUUCUCUACUAACUCCCUCCUUUUCCAUUUCCACCUAUAUAUUAAUAUCACUACAAAUAAUUUUCAAGCCACCUUUUCUCAGACAUAAAUAUAUAUAAACAAAUCAUUUGUUAUAGACACUCAUAAUUUUCCUAUAUAUUAAUUUCCUUGUCUUAUUUAAUUUCGACUCGAAAUUUGUUUUUUUUAAUAGUCUAGACUCGAUUUAUGUGGUUAUAGAUAAUCACGACUACUUUUCAAGCCUUAUAAUUUUCGUACAUACGAAUGUUCAUUAUUACAAAAAUCACCCACUUUAAUUAUGUACUACUAGUAAGAGGAGUCUAUGUGUUAUUCCUUAGUUUAUAACAACUCUGCUGACAAAAUUUUCUCCAUAAUGCAAAAACACCAAAUCGGAUGGACUCGGUCUUCCAACUCAGUAAUGGAGACCGAGUUAGCUGCCUCCUUAAUCUAAUGCACUCCUUUUCUGCCUCUUACAUUUGUCUUUGGACCUACUCACAACAUCUCAAUUGUUUGUAUUGUGAAGAAGGCCAUUUCCAAGAAGAGGCGAGUUCUUCGUCGUCAUCUGGAGUUACGAUUUCUAGAGGGCUCUUUAACGAGUACAAACAAUCUGUUUAUACUAUCGGCAACGAUCUUGUUCCAGGAUUUGCAUUCAAGAACAAGAAUCCUUACUUAGAGUUGCAGGAGUUAGAUCUUCAUAGGCUAGCAUCAAUUGAAUUACAACGUCAAUUUUACUUGGAAGCAAAGAUAAAGAUUGCAGUAUUCUUAGGUUGUGAAAGAGGUGAGAUUGAACUUGGCAUGUCCAAUAUUCCACAAAACUUGAAGUUGAAGAUGCAAAGCCUAUUCCAAAUGACGGACAUUCCAAUAUCAAAAGAUCAACAUAACAAGCCAUCAUCUUCAUCUUCUCAAUCCAUGGACAGUCCUGAAUACCUCCCAUACUUGUACAAUUAUCCGAUUUCUUCAAACUUCCAUCUUCAACAACAACAAUUUCUUAAGGAAAGUCCUUCCAACAUAAUUGAUCAGCAAGUGACAUCAAAUAUGCAAUCAAUAAUCCCUUUUACUACAAUGACAACUACUGCUGCUACUACUGCUACUACUACUGCUACGAUUAUUGGUGUUUCCAAUCAUCUUCACCAUCACCCCUUAUUACAAAACAUUCCUUUUCCUACACCAGAAAGCACGGAUGCUGCCCUAACCAAGGCCUAUUUGGCAAUCUUGUCUUCUCCUUCUUUGUCUUCGAGAGGCGGCGAGCAAGGUUGUUUUCCUGAUAGUCACAAAGUAAGGCAAAGGGCUAGUGCUUUCAAGAGCUAUCAUCAUUCGAGUUUAAGACAAUGUUCUAACCAAAAUCUUAGGAGGCAAACUUUGAUGAAACGUGCCAUUGCCUUUUAUAGAGGGCUUAAUCUUAGCAGGAUGCAAGAGCCAGGCCGCCCUACUAGCACUCAGUUGCACCACAUGAUAUCUGAGAGGAAGAGAAGAGAGAAAAUCAAUGAAAGCUUCCAAGCUCUAAGAUCCUUGCUCCCUCAAGGCACCAAGAAAGACAAAGCAUCAGUAUUAAGAACUACAAAGGAGUACUUAAGCUCUUUAAAAGCUCAACUCUCAGAGCUUAGCAAAAGAAGCCAACUUUUGGAAGCACAACUCUUAAAAAAGAGAACAUCAGAGGCUACAAUAACCACACAAUUAGAUGUUGCGACGAACCGAAAUCUAGCUGUUAAUGUUACGCCAGUCUCUGAAUCAACAUCAGGAGAAAGAAUGGUGGAUUUGCAAGUAAUAUUGAGAAGAGAAACUUCAGUUCCAGAUUUGGUAAUUAGAGUAUUAGAAUUUUUAAAACAAGUUAAAGAAGCAAGUAUUGUGUCAAUGGAAGCUCAAACGCAUCAAGAAACAGCAGGAGUUCAUAUUCAUACAAAUUUCGUAGCAUUUAGGCUCAGAAUUGAGGGGACCGAAUGGGACGAAUCUAAUUUCACUGAAGCACUUCGGAGACUACUUGCUGACUUGGCCCCUUAAUGUCAGUGACAAUUACUCGUGGAAUGGUAUGACCAUGGCCAGUGACAACAAUCAACAAUCAGAUAUCAGCAAAUUUAUACCAUUUUUGUUGGGGUGGGAGGGGGUUGAUUAGUUGAUACUCCAGUACAUUUUUUGGUGAAUCAAUUAUCACAUCACAAUUUUUGCACAAAGUAAAGUGAGUUUAAAAUGGUACAUACAAAUGUGAUUGUGAUUACUUUGUUAUAAUGAUAACCAUGAUAGAGAAAUUGUAAUUUUUGGGAUAGUGCUACUAAUUAACUCAUUACGUAUACAACAUUUUUGUACCUCUUGAGGGCUUUCAUGCCUAACAAACAGGAUUAUUAGAAAAUCUUUUGU